UGACGGCCAUAUUUGCCGGUGCUGCUGUGCUGUAAACAAAAAGUGUCGGAGGGAGACAGAGACGCUUCAGUGAUUUCAGGACGUUUUUAAUUCUUAAAUUUAUAAUGUCUCUGGGCAUGUCUUAUAAACCUAACGUCCUUCAACACGUUCCGGGAACUUCCGUGAAUCAAGCUACAACUGUACACUCCCAGUCUCCAAGCUUAGCAACACUGCAAUCUUAUAGGCCUAUUGUGAAUGACUUUGGGCCACCAUCUUUGGGGUUUUCACAGACCACUAGUGAAACACAAGUGCCUCAAAGCAAAUAUGCUGAGCUGUUAGCCAUUAUUGAAGAGCUGGGUAAAGAAAUCAGGCCAACCUAUGCUGGGAGCAAAACUGCCAUGGAAAGGCUAAAACGAGGCAUCAUCCAUGCCCGGGGUCUAGUGCGUGAGUGUUUGGCAGAAACUGAAAGAAAUGCAAGGUCCUAAAGACCAGUACACGAGAUACGAACCAUGGUUUUGUUUCCCAGAAGCUACUUUGAUGGAAAAGAAGGCACCAACAGUGAACAAUCUAUCUUUCUGAUGUUGUCUUCACCAGAACAACCAACAGCCCCAAAAAUGUGUAACAAUGUUUUCAAGUCUGUGAAAAUGUAUGGGAUAUGGAUUGACAGAAACAUGUCAGAGUUGUACUUGACAGGAACUUCCUGAAUUUAUUUAUGUUCCCAAUUGGGAAUAGUGUAAUUUCUCUAUUGCUUAAAUGGUUUAAAAUAUGUUAGAGCUUUGCAUGUUACAUUUAACUGCCCCUUUUCUGUUUACUGCAUGGCUGAAUUGAGGGCAUGUCAAAUAAGUAGGGACUUUACAAUGUGAGAAUUUUGGUACAAUGCGGUUGUUUGCAUCUUUGUAUUUAUUACCUAGUGUAAUAAAUAAAACAUAUUUUCAUGUAAA